AAUUCUCACCGCAACAAAAUAUUUUCGGAGCACCGGCGAACGCCCAUAGGAGUCAAUGCAUUUCGUAACUCGCGACUACGAAAGAUAUUCGUACCGCAGUCCCUCAUUAACGAAAUUUUUGAAACACGAGUGCGCAAAUAAUUUACUCUCGCAACAUUAACUACAUUCCAAAACUGCUGAAAUGCAUUCAUGCUACACUUAAACUGUGCAAAACUACCGCUACAGCGCACUUGAGAAGCAGCCGCCAUCAUUGUUUACAAAAAAAAACAAAGCUGGCGACAAUGAUGAUGAUAGCUUGCCGAAACACCUGCUCGUUAUCGCGGAGUACGUAGCCAAAUCGAGGGGAAAAUCCACAUUCCUUGGCUUGGCUCUGUGCUUGGCUUUGUCGGCUUCGCGCGCACAUGGUCGCGUGUGUGGAGCCAUUUGUCGAGCGUUUGCUUGGUCGCUUGGUGGCUUGGUGCAACGUGAACUGUGUGUUGCGAUUGCUUUGUCCGAUUUCGCUGCCUGCGAAGAUGCCGCCUCCAACGAAAAAGCGGAAGUUCAUCACGCUGGAAGAUAAGGCUGCAAUCAUCGGUGAGGUGGAAAAGGGCAGGAAAAAAAUGGACAUCGCCGAAGAAUUCGGCAUUGCUUGCAGCUCGCUGUCCACGAUUCUCAAGAACAAGGCCUCCAUUCUUGGUGCGCUUGAAAACGGCGCGAGUGCAAGAAACAAAACCGUGGCGGCUGCAGCGUUCCCGGACGUGGACAAGGCGGUGUUCGCGUGGUUUUGUGAACAGCGUGCCAACAAGGUGCCUUUAUCUGGCAGGAUCCUGCAACAGAAGGCGCUGGACUUCGCUUGUAUGCUCAGCCACGACAACUUUAAGGCGAGUCGCGGCUGGCUGAGCCGUUUCAAAGCUCGCCACGACAUCGUAGCCAAAGUCAUCUCCGGGGAGGCAGCAGCCGUCGACUCGGUGACAACGUCGUCGUGGCUGCUGAGCAACAAGGAACUGCUCAGCCAGUACAAGCCCUCAGACAUCUAUAAUGCCGAUGAAACGGCACUAUUUUAUGAAAUGCUACCAUCCAAGACCUUGGACUUCAAAGGCCAGAAGUGCCAUGGUGGCAAACACAGCAAGCGGCGCGUGACGAUUUUAUUGUGCGCCAAUAUGGAUGGCACAGAUAAAUGGCCGCUGCUCGUUAUUGGCAGAAGCAAGAAGCCCCGCUGUUUCAAGGGGAAUCGCAGGCUGCCAGUAAGCUACACCGCGAACUUGAAGUCAUGGAUGACGCGGGCCAUUUUUAGCAGCUGGCUCCAGUCCUUCGAUGCCGACAUGCGGAAGGCAAACAGAUUCCCGAUGGCCUCAGCGUCCAUGAGUUCGUUUACGCGGACGAAGGCGUCGUCGUGCACGAGGAAGUGACUGAUGAAGCCAUCAUCAGUAGCGUGUGCGAGGCGGGCGAUCCCGAUGAGCAACGACCGGAGCAGCCAGAGAAAACAACAAGCCCGCAGGAUGUGCUGAAUGCCUUCGACACAAUUCGCUCGUUUUUCGGCGAGCACGACGACGACGUGGCGAUGGACCAUUUCUUACAGUGUGAGUCGAGAGGCAUGAAAUUGCUGCAUGGUAAGGCCCGCCAAAGCAAACUAACUGACUUUUGGAAAUAAAAUGUGUUUUUUGUAAAUUCCGUGUCUUUUCUGCCGCAUUCUCGCGCCAACGAAAUUCCCGCAAUAGCGAACAUUUGUGCUUUCCCCGCCGAUUUCGUUAUUGCGGGUUUCAACUGUAC